AUGUAUCCAAAUCCCAAUUCAUUGUUAUAUAUUCUUAAAGAUUCUAUGUGUGUUCAAUUACUAUAUAAUGAUAUUGUUGUUUGGAAACAGUCCUGUGAACCAUAUCCUGUAUCUAUAUACUUUAGAUCCUAUACAUCUCAUGAAUCUUCCUUUGGUGCCAUAUUAUAUUUGAACUUUGAUCCAUACUAUUAUACAUAUGUUUAUGAUGGUAAUAUAUGGGUUCUUAGGAAAGAUUUGUCUCACUGUUAUUCCUUUAAACUAGAUCCAUCUAUGCAUCCCAAAGAUAUCACUAUUGUAACUGAAUCUGGUGGUUCUGAGGAAUCCCCUUCUAGUUCUGAGGAAUCUUCUUCUGCUGGUUACACAGUAUAUGAUCAUGGUGAUGGAAUAUACUUGUAUGAUUUUGGUACGGCCAGAUGUUCAGAGGUUAUGUAUCGUGGUCAAACUGUUUGCAAGAGACAAUCUGGUGGUCCAUAUCCUAAAAGAAUUGUUUUUGAUACAGAAUCUCUCACAUUUGAGUUUGAUUUCAAGAACAAGACUGCAGUCUAUAAACUCAAUGGAGGUUGGUACAUAUCUGAAGUUUAUGAUAAGUUAGAACACUUUAAAUAUGAAUUUCCUGAUUGGAUCUGCAAACAAUCUUAUCACAGAUUUGGUUCCAAAUUGUCCAUGAAAAAUCUGAAAAUCUUAACCUCUGACGAAACUGAUGGUUCAGGUGCCAAACCCAUAAAUGUCCACAGCUCCAUGCUACUUUAUGAGAAAUGGCAAUUUGGCUAUUACUAUCCAGUCCAUACAUUAUAUCUUGAACUAAGAUACAAGAAUCAAGUACUUUUCAAGAGCACUGAGUAUCCAUAUAGAGGAAGACCAAGGAUAGUUCUAUUUGAUGAAAAUAAUAAUAGUAUAUGGGUUUUCUUCAGUUCAGGAUUCAGUUUCUCAUUAAACUAUAUAGAUCAUUCAGAUGAAACGGUUCUUAAGGCUGAACCAGCUACUCUCACAGAGCCAGCAGAACCUAUAACUGAAACACAACCUGAAGAACCUAUAACUGAAACACCUGUACCUGAAGAACCUAUAACUGAAAAACCUGUACCUGAAAAUACAAUCGAACCAGCUUCAGUAACUAUUCCCACAGCCACACUUAUAGAACUUAAAAUUAAUAAGAGUACCGCUGAUACUGCGUUUGAUUACGCUGAUAUAGGGAUAUACAAAACAUUCACUUGUAAGCAUGGUUAUGGAUUUAACAAAAUAACAAAUCCAAAGACUACGGGUCCUGACGAAGUAAUAUGGCAGUAUUCUGGAGGUGACUAUGCAACCAAGGUUAGAUUAAGGAUAGAUACCAGUACUAAAGAAAAACAAAUUCUUCUAUUUCUUGCCAGCAUGAAAUAUGUGUUUCUUCACUGCACUGGUAAGGGUAAACCAUUUCAGAACGUAACUGGCAAUAGGCAUAAAUUCUUCAACCUAAAGGUGUAUACUAAGCAAAAUGAUGUUGAAAAAAUUGCAAAACCAGAUCAAUAUACAAUAUCUUUAUAUCAUAUGUCAAUUGGUUGUACGAUUAAAUAUGAAUACCUCUGUAGUAAAAUUACCUACGAAGAUAAAGUAGUUUACAAACAAGAUGAUUAUCAAGCAUUGGGACAAAUAAAGGGUGUUUAUCUUGAUCUCGUUAGAAAUAGCAUGUAUGUAGUCGGUAUUAAUGAUGAAACCAAAGUAUUGGAAGCCAUGAAAAAUGAGAAACCAGUUACACUCAAUAUAAGAAAAACUGACAGCACUGACGAUUUUGAUUUUACUCAAGAUUAUGAGAAAAAUGUUAAAAUAUUCACAGCAAGAGGUAAUGCUAUUUUUACUAAAAUAGUAAAGGGUGCUAGGAUUGGUACUGAUAAAGUUAUUUGGGAGACUACUGAUCCAAAAGUAUAUGGUACUAAAGUUGUUACUGAUGGUGUUCCUCGUUUGAAAUCGACCAAAAAUGUAACAAUACAUCUUUCUAAUGGUGAUAUUAAACAUCUGAGGUUUUCAGAUGGAAAAUGGAUAGAAACGAGCAAUUUUGUUCCACUCGACAUUACCAAGACUGAGAGUUCCAUUGAAUUUGACUUUUAUACCAAAGAUGAAUUUAGAACAUUUACUGCUAAAGAUGAUUAUUUAUUCAAUAAAGUGAUAGAGUCAAAAACCAUUGGAUCAGAUACAGUUAUUUGGGAAACUACAAAUACUAGUGAAUAUUCAACCAAGGUAACAUUGAUGAUUACAGGUGAUGAGAAAUACAUGGGUUUAUUACGAACCGACAAUGAUGUAAUAUUGUUACACAAACCACCAAACAGUGAUUCAUGGGACAAUAUAACUUCAAAAGUACCAAAAAUAUCCGAACUUAAGAUGUCAUAUUAUGAUCCUUCAGGCUCAUAUUUCUUGUUAAAGCCUGAAAAAUACAAGGUAGCAUUUAAUAAUUUACUUUAUGGUUAUGAGUUCAAUUCUGGAGUUAAUUGCCAUAUUGUUAAAUUUGGUGAUAAACAUUUAUGGAGUCAUAGUGAUGAUGACAAAUUUAAAACUAUAAAAGGAGUUUAUAUCUACCUUCGUAACAACAACUUUUUUGUUGUCAGUCCCUCAGAUGAGAAAAAAGAAAUAACUUUAAGGAGUUUAUCUUCUGGAAAAGAAGAAGAUAAAGAAGAAGAUGAAGAAGAAGAUGAUGGUGAUAAAGAGACCAAAUCGAAGGAAGGUGAUAAAACGAAAGAGGAUGAAGAUCAGGUUGAAUCUGAAGAUUCAACACCUGUAACUCCCGAACCUAAAACUACUCCAGUCAUUACACCAGAGACUACACCUGUCUCUGAACCAGAGACUGAGACUAAAACUCCUAAAACUCAAGUGAUGACUGAAACUUCUGAUUCUGAGAUUCCUGAAACUGGACCAAAGCCACUUAAUGAUAAAUCUACACCAACAUCUGAUAUCAAGCUAGCCCUUGACAUAAAUGCUACUCACUCCAAUAAUGAGUUUGAGUAUAAUGACGACAAUGGAGUCGUCACAUUCACUACUAAGGAUAACCAUGUGUUCGAUAAGGUAUCUCAUGGUACCACAGAUGUUUGGCAAUCAAGGGAUGAUGUCUUUGGUUCAUUAGUCAUUAUUAAGGUAUUCAAUAAUGUUAAAUAUUUAGCCAUACUACUGACAAAUAAUAUGUUCAAACUGUUUAAAGAGUGUGGUGGUACUUGGAAGGAUAUAACUUCUGAUAGAUCGGAUAUUACUAAGCUUAAGUUCUUUGGUGAAGGUGAGGCUGAACUCGCCAAUACUGAUUAUACAGUUAGUAUAGUUAGUUACUCAUUUAGGUUCACAUACGAGUUCAAAGCUGGAGUCAACUGUAAGUACAUCAAGUAUGGAGAUGAAUUUCUUUGGAAACAUGAUGAAAAUGCUCAGUUUUCAACAAUAACUGCGUUUGAUCUUGGUCUUAUUACUAACAAUUUUUUCAUGAAAAGUACAUCUCAGUUCAAGAAACUGGAAUUUAAAUCGUUAAAAUAUCACGAAACCAAUCCAGCUGAAAUUCCUAAGGCCACAUCUUCUACUACUUCUGUAACAAAAUCUGAUUCAAAAACUUCCGUAACACUCAUAAAUCUUGACAUCAAGAAGAAUAAGAGUACUGAUCAGUUUGACUACAUUAAGGAAGGUGAGUAUAGGACAUUCACUGCAAAGGAUGAUCACUUGAUAAGUAAUAUAGUUAAGGAAUACUUUGACAUAUUUAUGACCAAUCCAAAAAAUCACGCAAUCAAGGUAGUACUCAUGGGCUCUAAGAAAAACCCCAAACACAUGGCAAUAUUACUCAAAAGGGGUAACUUUGAACUUCUUUACAAGUCCGGCAAGGGUCAACCUUGGGAAGAUAUCACCACUCAGAGACAUGAUGUCAAGAAGCUCAAGUUCAUUGGUGAAGGUGAUUCUGAGCUAUCCAAGAAUGAUUACAAGAUUGAUUUAAUCAAACUAUCCUUUACAUACACAUUCAAUGAUGGAGUUAAAUGCAAGAAAAUAAAGCUAGGUGAUGAUGAGGUUUGGAAAGAUACUGAUGAUCCCAAAUUUGCUGAAUUAAAGUCUAUUUCACUGGAUCUUCUUAAAGACCAGUUCAGUGUCACAAAUCUUAAGGAACAUACUAAGCACCUUACCAAAGCUAAGGUUACUCUUAACAUCAACACAUCUAAGGAUACUAAUGAAUUCCAGUACUCUAAGGAUGGUGAUAUUCAUACAUACACUCCUAAGGAUGACUAUGUGUUUAACAAAAUUGUAAAAACAUACAAAUCUAAUCCUUGUGUUUCAACAUGUGGUGAUCAUACCUGUUGUGGUUCAAUAGAUGAACUUGAUAUAUGGACUGCCAAACCAGAAGAUCACGGUCUCAAGGCAGUGCUCAUGGGUUCUGGUAAAGAUGAGAAAUUCCUAUCCAUUCUCCUGCAAAGUCGUAACUUUGUGCUUCUUAGGAAGGGUGGUAAAGGUCAACCUUGGAAUGAUAUCACUUCUCAGAUUCAUGAUGUCACCAAAUUGAAGUUCCUCGGUCAGAAUGAUCGUGAGCUCACAUCAUCAGAUUAUGAGGUUACCUUUGUUGGUCUCUCCUAUCAAUUCAAGUUUAGAUCUGGUGUCGCCUGUAAAAUUAUUAAGUAUGAUAAUACUCUACUAUGGAAUCAUGAUGACGAUACCAACUAUUUAGAAAUUAAAUCUCUUUCACUUGAUCUUCCUAAAGACCAGUUCAGUAUCACAAACUCUUCAGAUCAGACUAAGCAACUUACCAAAGCUAAGAUUACUCUUGAUAUUGAUAAGACUCAGUCCACUAAUGAGUUGGACUAUUCCAAGGAUGACGAUUGUCAAAAAUAUACUCCCAAGGAUAACCAUGUGUUCAGUAAGAUAUCUAAGGGAAAUACUGUUAUUUGGGAAUCCAAGGAUACUAUCUAUAGUACAAUAGCUAGGAUUAAGUCCAAGGAUGGUGAUAAAUAUUUGGUUGUCCUAAUGGAUAAUAAUAUGUUCACACUAUUCAAACAAGAGUCUGGUAAGAAUAAGCCUUGGGAAGAUAUAACCAACGAUGUGCAUGAUGUUACUAAGCUUAAAUUCCUCACUGACAAUGAUUCUCCUCUCACCACAUCGGACUACGAGGUUACCUUCGUCUUCCUCUCCUACACCUACAUAUUCAACAGUGGUGUCAGCUGUAAGAAGGUAAAGCUAGGUGAUGAUGAGGUUUGGACUCAUGAUGAUGAUCCCAAAUUUGCUGAAAUAAACUCACUUUCUCUGGAUCUUCUUACAAACACUUUCAGUGUCAUGAACUCAUCAGAUCAGACUAAGGAACUGGAUUUUAAACCUACUAGUACUCCUACCACUCAUAGUAAUGGAACUCCUUCAAGUGAAACAAGUUCAUCUUGA